AUGAGGAGGAUAGUGUUUGCCGUGGGUGCAGCGCUUGCUGUCAAGCGGGCGGAAGCUGAUCUUCCCAUUCACUCCGACGUUGUCGGGACUUGGCGGUUUGUUUUAGGGGCAGAGGAGGCGGACGAGCCGCUGUCGUGCGGGGGCGGCGCCCCGAACAUGAACAUGGAAAACUUGGACCCGGGCAUGGAAAACUACUACUCGUGGAUCACGAAAAGCGGAAAGGGGCUGACCAGCCGGCUCGUCUUGACGGACCAGCGGGCAACUCGCUCGCAGACCCACACGCGGAAGCACUGGAGCUACUUAGUGGUGACGCUGCCCAACAGUGGCCUGCAGAUCGGCACUUGGACAAUGGUUUAUGACGAGGGCUUCGAACUGCGCAUCGGCAAGAAGCGUUUCUUCGGCCUGAUGAAGUACAGCAAGGCGGGGGGCAAGGAGUGCAGCAGGCGGGUGAACGGGGACUCCGAGGACCCUUUUGGCAACACAAAGUGCUACGCCACGGACCCUUCGAAGUUGCAAAUGGGGUGGACUGUAAAGGUGAUUCAAAAUGGUUUCAAGUCCCUCAAAAAGCUGCCAGAAAGUCCGCUGCCGCCCCAGGAAACCCGCGCUGCAGCAGAGGCCCCCUUCAAGUGGGGCUGCUUCUACGCAGAAAAAGAAAUGCCCACCAACACGGAGAACUCCUUCGUAAUGGCCGGCCACGGCUACGGGCUUCCGGCGCUGCCAGCCGCGGGAGCUGCUGCUGCAGCGGGCCAAAAUUCCAACUCAAGAAAAGCUUUGCUGCAACAAAGCCCCACAGGCUCCUGGACCGCCAGCCACAGCCAGUUCGCCCACACGCCCCCCAGCGAACUCGCCAUGUACAAGAGCCACAUGGGCUAUCAGAAGUUCCACAGGGCAGUGGCUUACGCGUUGCCCGCGUUCGCCCAGACGGGCCAAACGCCCAGUUUCGGUGAAGACCCAAAUCUUUUCUUUUCAGUUUCCCCCAAUAUUCAACUUUUCACAACUGCAGCCGCGGCUCUGCAGGACAAGCCCUACGCGUGCGAGUUGCCCGUCAUGCUGCACGCUGAGGAGGCUGCAGCGCCCCUCCCGGCCGAGUGGUAA